AUGUCGUCUGUCCAAGCGACCCCACCUCCAGUGCAGGAGCUGGAAGUGGAAGAUGUUAUUCCUGGUCACUUAACUAGGACCCAGUGGACGGACAUGUUGAUCCAGGAGGAAGCAGAUGAGAUAGUGGGGGAGAUCAUGGAUGAACUGCUGAACAAGGUCAUGGAAGGCUGUUUAAAGGUGUACAUUGAAAGACAGAUAGCACCGUUCUCUGCAUCAUGGGCCAAGAACUACCUCAUACAAAUUCUAGAGCAACACAUCCUGUGCACAGAUGAAGGAGAAGGGCCAGAGGAAGCAUCUAAAACUGAGGACUCAGAGCCUAUGCCAGCAACUCCAGAUGCCUGGGUUCAAGGAUGUGUGCCUGUUGUCAGUGCUACCCCUCAACCUCACCCUGCUGCACAACAGGAGGCUGGCAUUGUUGAGGUCCCAGUGCAAACAGAGCCAAGAGUCAACCAGCAAUGUAAUGUUAUCGCCCAAACAAACAGCUCUCUAAAGCAAUCUGAAAAGGAAACAAGUCCCAGGAGGCCUGUCAGCGACAAGCACUAUAAAGUGCUUAGUCCUCGUCCCCCACCAAAACUUGAUAGAAAGAAAAAGCAGCAGUUUAAUUUACUUCCCAAGCCUGUUCCAGGCAAAUUAUUAUCGGCCCUGUCCUGUUCAGCAGAAAAAAAGGAUGUGGAGGUAGAGGGUAAAAAUAGGGUAUUUUCUGUUUAUAACCAUACGAGUGGGCCAUUAUAUCAGUCUAAGGACUACCAGUCCAUACCAAGGCUUGAUCCCUCACACCUGCCUCGACACUGCUUCACUCCUCAGUAUGAGAUUGUGGACAAUAUCUAUACAAAACCGAAUACCAAGAAACCAAGUGGACCAUCCAAACUAGAGCCAAAAUAUAACAAGCAGCAACCUGAGAGGACAAUGGCUGUGCUGACACCACUAACCAGCUCCAAGGAUCAGCCGGUAAAGUUUCAGAGGAGAAAUGAGGCAGAUGUCUUUCAGAAGAAAUUGUCUCCCUCUAGACAUAGAUGGGAAGGGAUGGAGUUCUCUGGGUCUUUGAAGCUGGACACAAUGGUUUUGGCCAAGGGUGUUUCUCUCUGGGAUCCCCAGGCAGUUGAAAAUAACCCUCUCAAACUUAGCCAUCCUUUCCAGUUUACUAAACUGAGGCCAAUACGAAGUGAUAUAGCUGUGCCAGCGUUAUCAGUUGAUCAAGUUGCCACAGGUCGACCACCUCAGGUCACACCGUUGUUUCAGUCCAAGAUUUGUGACAACUGAUUAUAAAACUUUGUGAUAUUACUUGUCUGUAGCUGCAUUUAGAGCAGACUGUUAAUGAAAUAAAAACUACCCUUCAAAUGCUAGAACAUAUAAUGUCCAUUGUAAGCCACGUUGUGAAAGAUGAUUAUACAUGUUUUGAUACAUGUUCCGACUCAAGUCAUUUUGCAUGUGUGUGAGC